CAUUUGUAAUCUGCUUCACCUAAUAUUUUUUAUUUAAGUUUUUUCUUAAAGACACACACUUUCGAGUUUUAAUACAAUAGUGCUCUCACCCACUCCUCUUGCUUUGGCUCUCGAACGUGACUGACCAUCCACAGAGAGAGCCUUUAGGGGGGGUCUCACAAGAUUUGAGCUUUUUUGAAGGUGUGAGAGGAGAGAGAAAUGGCUUUAGAGUACGAACUUCUGAAUGAAAACGUGAAGAAGUGUCAGUAUGCGGUCAGAGGUGAGCUCUAUCUCCGCGCUUCUGAGCUUCAGAAAGAAGGCAAAAAGAUCAUUUUCACAAACGUUGGGAACCCUCAUGCUUUAGGACAGAAGCCAUUGACUUUUCCUCGCCAGGUGGUUGCGCUCUGUCAAGCACCGUUUCUACUAGAUGACCCAAAUGUUGGAAUGCUUUUUCCAGCUGAUGCUAUUGCCAGAGCUAAGCAUUAUCUUUCCUUGACUUCUGGCGGUUUAGGUAUCAUCAUUAUCUUCACCAAAAACUCAUUACUUUAUCCGGUUAUCAAAAAAGUUAUUUUGCUUCUCUCUCUCUCUGUGUUAUCAGGUGCUUACAGUGACUCAAGAGGCCUUCCAGGAGUUAGGAAAGAGGUUGCAGAGUUCAUUCAAAGACGUGAUGGCUAUCCAAGUGAUCCGGAACUCAUAUUUCUCACUGAUGGAGCUAGCAAGGGUGUGAUGCAGAUCCUGAACUGUGUUAUACGCGGUGAGGGAGACGGGAUUCUAGUUCCGGUUCCACAGUAUCCACUCUACUCAGCCACCAUAUCACUCUUAGGUGGCUCUCUUGUUCCUUACUAUCUCGAUGAGUCUGAGAACUGGGGACUUGAUGUCAACAACCUUAGACAGUCCGUUGCUCAGGCUCGUUCUCAAGGCAUAUCAGUAAGGGCAAUGGUGAUCAUUAACCCUGGGAACCCAACUGGUCAGUGUCUAAGCGAAGCCAACUUAAAAGAGAUACUGAGGUUCUGUUACAACGAGAAACUGGUUCUUCUGGGAGACGAAGUUUAUCAGCAGAACAUAUACCAGGAUGAGCGUCCCUUUAUCAGCUCCAAGAAGGUUUUGAUGGAGAUGGGUUCGCCGUUCAACAAGGAAGUCCAGCUUGUGUCUUUUCACACUGUCUCUAAAGGUUAUUGGGGAGAGUGUGGACAGAGAGGUGGAUACUUUGAGAUGACUAACAUCCCUCCCAGGGUUGUUGAAGAGAUAUACAAGGUUGCUUCAAUUGCUCUCAGCCCCAAUGUCUCUGCACAGAUCUUUAUGGGUUUGAUGGUUAGUCCUCCAAAGCCUGGAGACAUCUCAUAUGAUCAAUUUGCCCGUGAAAGCAAGGGGAUUCUUGAAUCUUUGAGAAGAAGAGCAAAGAUCAUGACUGAUGGAUUCAACAGCUGCAAGAACGUUGUCUGCAAUUUCACAGAAGGUGCAAUGUAUUCGUUUCCUCAAAUACGGUUACCAACGGGAGCUCUCCAAGCUGCGAAGCAAGCAGGAAAAGUGCCAGACGUUUUCUACUGUCUCAAGCUCUUAGAAGCCACAGGAAUCUCCACAGUUCCUGGCUCUGGAUUUGGACAGAAAGAAGGUGUGUUCCAUCUGAGGACAACGAUCUUGCCUGCGGAAGAGGAGAUGCCGGAGAUCAUGGAUAGUUUCAAGAAGUUCAACGACGAGUUCAUGACUCAGUAUGAUAAUGGCUUUGGUUAUUCCAGAAUGUGAUUUACUUUCUUUCUCCUUUCUUCUUCUUGUUAUGAUAUGAUGGAACAAACCUAUUGUGUUCUGCUACACUCUUUAAAGCUAAAUCUCUGUAGUACUCUUCUAUUUCUAUAAAACUCUUCCAUGUCUCCUCUA